AUGGCAGGGUCGGGGGGACUACUGCUGGAGUUUAGUGAGGAUAGCAUGGAAGAGGGUGAAAUGUGUGGUAACAGAAAGAGAGGGCUAAGUCAUGGCAGUGAGUCAGAGGACAUGAGUGAGCGAGUGGUGAAGCGGAAAGUGGACCAGGAAGGAUUUAAAGUGUUGAUUAAGUUUAAGGAGGGUCAUGAUAUUAAAACGGAACUGUAG